ACUAGAGCCACCUAGGUCGUUUGCAUUUAUUAUGACACAACGAAGUUAUUUCGAUGCUUCUUACUCCAACUCGUGACAGCUAGAAAGUUAUAAGUAACAGACUCUCUAAAAUUUAGCUAUUCAUACAUUGGGUCCUGGUCACGACGGAUAAUUUGUGUCAUGCUACGCUGCGACAUGCGUCCAAUUUGAAUGGACCGUGGAAAUAUUACGAAAAAGUCUAUUAGUUUGGUCAAGGUUGCCGAUAUAUCGGAUCACGAGAAAAUGGUCGAAGCAACUCGUAGCAUACCUACCGAUGGGCUCCCUUCGCCCCGAACAGGGAAACAAUUCAACUAUGUGUCAUGGCUUUUGGACGCAAUCGUGGCUCUCGACGACCAGGCUAUAAUUUCUCUCCUUUGCGAUAUUGUACACUAGAGGGGGCUGCUAAGAACUGUGCUGCUUGUAUGCUGAGGCUGCCGAGACAAGCCAUGGCGUAAUGGUUGUUGAUGACCCAUUAACCAACAAGCCGACGGCUGUUGGGGAUGCAUUGUAGACAAUCUCCUCUUUAACAUCACACCUUGCUACGGAGGAUUCUCACAAACUUAUUUUCUGUCUGCCUCAGGCAAACAUACCUCUCAUGGGCCUUUACGCUCUAAGAGCUUAGUGGAUUCAAGCAAUCACGAUAGAACAGUGCCUCUAGUAGACUAGAGUGGCCUAUUAUAUGUCAAUCGUUCCGCC